GCACAACACUGGGAGGACUGCGAGGCGGCUGGGGACGGGACGGGACGGGACAGGACAGGACAGGACCGGGGGAAGGACAGACGCGGGGCUGGGGGGACGGGGACGGACGGACGGCAGGAGAGCGGGUGAUCGGCGGCACCCCGUCCCCUCUUCUCGACUCCAAGGUUUGACACCCGAGGACAGCUUUCAACAACAAAACAAUGAAAGAUCUAUCCUCUCACGAACGCAACAAUGAAGCUUAUAAACUAUUGAAGCAGAUAAAUCAAUAUUUGGAACAGGAAUCCAAAUUUUUACCACGCCCGAGAGGUCUUGAUGCAAUCGAAUCAACACUGGAGAAUAAUGAUUGUGUCACCCCAAAAUUAAGAGAUGCCAAAGUGGAAGAUCUCCGGAGUUUGACCAGGUUCUUUGGCUGCAGUACAGAAACUUUUGUAUUGGCAGUCAAUCUAUUGGACAGAUUUCUGUCCUUAAUGAAGGUGCGACCAAAACAUCUGCCUUGUCUUGGAAUAAGUGUUUUCCAUCUAGCAGUAAAGGCCAUUGAGGAAGAAUGCAAUGUUCCUUCUGACCAUGAUCUCCUUCGCAUCAGCCACUGCAAGUUUACAGUGUCUGAUCUCAAGAGAAUGGAAAAGAUUGUCUGUGAAAAACUAAAUGGCGAACUGAAAGCUGUUACAGCCUACCAUUUUUUACACCUGUAUCAUGCCCUAGCACACUACCAUGUAACUGAAGAGAAAGAAUACUUAAUCCUUGAUAAACUGGAAGCACAACUCAAAGCCUGUAGCUGUCGAUUUAGAUUUUCAAAGGCCAAACCAUCUGUAUUGGCUUUAUCGCUUUUGACCCUUGAAGUUGAAAACCUGAAAUCUGUAGACUUGUUUGAGAUUAUACUGCGUAUUCAAAAACAUUCCAAGAUAAGCCAUGGUGACUUGGCAUACUGGCGUGAAUUGGUCUCAAAAUGCCUGGCUGACUACUCUUCACCUGAAUGCUGCAAACCUGAUAACAAGAAGCUAGUGUGGAUUGUUUCACGGCGUACAGCCCGUCACUUGCAGAAUAGUUAUUAUAGUGUUCCUGAACUGCCAACAAUUCCAGAAGCUGGCUGUUACAAUGAAACAGAAAGUGAUGAUUCUUGUGAAGAAAUGAGUUAUGGUGAAAGUAGUCUGAGCAUUUCCCCGAGGAGUGACACAACAGAAGAAUUCUUUCCUGAAGACUUCUUGCAUCAAUCUAAAUGGCAAAAUUUGUGUUUCCAAACUACAUCUGCAAAUUCAUUGUAGAUUGCUGCGUCAAACACCCUUGCAUUCUCGCUUUUAAAUUGUCCUCUGAAGCAUUUUUUUAAAAAUGCAAGAGCUUUUCAGUUUUUAAUGUAAAUGUGGUUUUGAGUCACUAUUUACUGAGACUUCAACUGAUCUAUUCUGCAUAACCUUUGGUCCCUUUGUAACAAUAACAAAAAUAGCUAAAGAUUUGUGGAAUUUCCCUGGGAUCUGCCUAACCUGUGACCACAUUAUGCUGGUCUAAGGUUUUGGCCAGAUGGAACUACUUUUAGUUGAACAUUUUUAUUUGGGAAGUUACAUUUUAAAAGCUUCCCACUUUAAGCAAAUUUUAUUUGUAUUGAUUUUAAUAAUAGUAUUUAGUAAUAUUAUUGUAUGGCGCUUUAAUUUUAGGUCUGGCUGGAUGGAUCCCUUCAACACAUUCAUAUAAAACACUUUCUUGAGAUAGAUUAAAAUGAAAUGCUAAGUAAUUUUUUUCUCAAAUCAUAGUAAUUUAUAACAAAAGUACAUCCCUCGACUAAUUUGCAUAAACUGAUGCAAAACAAAAGGAAUUUUAUGACGGUCUUCCAGAGUUUCCUAACAGUAAUGUGCUCUUUGUGAAACAUUUGUAUUUUGUUAUGUUAUCUAUGUCCAUUGGCAGAAAUGAAGGACCGUAUUCGUUACUGUAUUCCUUGGGAGAGACAUGUUAUAUUUUAAAACUCCCAGAGGUGGGCAACUUGGGUGCACUAAAGAACAGCUUUCUCUGCUUGAAAAUGGAUCAAUAAAUUGAUCCUGUACUACCAGAUUUUCUUCUAGAAAUUAUUUUUAGGAGCAGUUAAGUUGAGGGGAUUAACUGUACCCAUGCUGAAGUUUUCUAUAGAAAAGGAUGUAGAUUGCAGCUGCACAGCUGUUUCAAUUGAUGACUUCUUGUACAAGAGAAGUGAAAAUAUUUGGAUAAAAUGUGAAUGUUCCUGUUCCAGUUGCUUGCCAUGUCCUACAGGGAGCUGAGUAAUUAUUGCAAGUUUUAUGCUCCAUAAAUUAAGUUUUCCGAUAAUUAGAAUAUUGAUAUUUUAUUUGGAAUGAAUUAAUCACAAGUUAGCAACUUUAUACUUGGGUGUAGAUGUGUAAAUCUUAAUUACUGGAACUCCUAAAGCAAAAUGAUGGCACUUCCAGUGUUUAACAAAGCAGCCAAUGUCAAGUUUGUGUUCCCACCCAUCUGUAAUCUUGUAUCUCUCUCCCUUUCUUGCCCUACCACCAACCACUCCACAGGCUGUACCUGUUACAAUGACAGAUGUAAGAGCAUCUCAAGUCUCAUUAGUAGUUUAGUCUGUCACUUCAUCUGAUCUGGAAAGAACCCAGAUUAUUUAGAUUAUGCAUGCCUUUCAUAAUUGUCAUGUGCAGGUUUUUUCCAGAGUGCCAUUUAGAGGAGUGGCCCUCUUCUAAAAUCCAGCAAAUACUAUUGUCAAAGCCACUAUAUUCCUUUUUUUAAAGCAAGAAUUGCCUCAGUCAGGAACCUUUCGGCAGUGUUUGGUUUUCUAAAAUUUUUUGGUGGUUUGAGUGCCAAGUGGACAAGGAUUUUACCAUGUAAUUUUAGUAAUGUACAGCUUGACAUAGUUAGUCAAUAAAUGUGCUUUCUUAGUUGAAACUCUGCAGCAGUAACAAGAAGCUACUUGCUAUCCAGUGUGGAUGUUUGCAAGAAAAAAUUCCUAGUUUAUGGAAAGUAUAUAGAAAAUUGUGUAAAAACAUAACUUAAAUAUACAAAAAAAGUGCACUUAUUUUUUCCCUAUUCAGGUAUGAAAGCAAUCCAAUGCACUUAAAGAAUCUGUAGCACUGUCCGAUUGUUGUGUAGCAUUGUGUAAAAAUACUUUGUAGAUACUAAUUUAUUGUUUAUUUCCAUUUUAUAAAUAUUGUGCCACUUAUCAGUCAUACUUCUACCAAGAGAUGCUUGGUAAAUAAAUACAUGUUUUGAAA